AUGAAGUCAACAACCUUUGCCUGUCUCAUUGCUGCUGUCCAGUUUCAGCUCGGAUAUGCUUCGCCGACGCCUCCCGGGCGUGACCAGGACGAGAAACGGCAAUUUAACGGCUUCGUCGCUUCUCUCACGAGUGGAUUUGGUGUAACUGCUACUUAUGACUAUGUUGUCGUUGGUGGCGGAACUGCCGGUUUGGCCAUGGCGGCUCGGCUCUCUGAGAACUCCGCUAUCAGUGUCGCAGUCAUUGAAGCCGGAUCGCUUUACCAGGUCACAAACCCACUCCUGAGUUCCACACCAGCUGGAGACGUUUAUUGGGCCGGUUCUAGCCCAACCGAUACCAAUCCGUUGGUCGACUGGAAUUUCGUCACGGCACCACAAGCGGGCGCCCAGAACAGAAAGAUCCAUUACGCACGAGGAAAAUGCCUCGGAGGCUCAUCAGCCAGAAACUUCAUGAUAUACCAGCGGGGCACCAAGGAAUCGUACCAACAGUGGGCAGAUGCGGUCGGCGACGACUCUUCCACCUUCGACAACCUCUUCCCCUAUUUUCAGAAGAGCGUCAAAUUUACACCUCCGGGACCGAGUCGUGCUGAGAAUGCUUCUGCUGAGUACAACGCAGCCGCCUUUUCGUCGACAGGAGGGCCAUUGGAGGUGUCAUACGCGAAUUAUGCUGGACCAUUUUCGAGCUAUAUCGAGGGUGCCCUCAACGAGAUUGGGAUGGCGGAUGCGCCUGAUUUCAACAGCGGCUCCUUGAUGGGUGCUCAAUAUUGUUCUUCGACCAUCAGCCCUUCUGCACAAGCUCGGGAAUCGUCCCAGACUUCGUUCCUCGACGCCGCCAAGGACAGAUCGAACCUCAAGGUGUAUUCCGUAACCACUGCCCAGAAGAUUCUCUUUGACAGCUCAAAGAAAGCGACCGGUGUCAGCGUCAAAUCGAACGGAAUCACAUACACAAUCAACGCCCGCAAGGAAGUCAUCUUGUCGGCUGGAGCCUUCCAGAGCCCACAGCUGCUGAUGCUUUCGGGUAUCGGCCCAGCUGCAGCGCUGCAGAAAUUCGGUAUCAAAGUCCUCUCCAACCUCAGAGGCGUCGGACAAAACAUGUGGGACCAUGUGUUCUUUGGUCCAACCUUCCGAGUGAAUGUUCAAACAUUCACGAGGCUGGCAAAUGAUCCUCUGUACCUGCUAUCCCAAUUUGCUGGCGACUACGCCAAGAAGGUAGGGCCCUUGACGAACCCAGUCUGUGACUAUCUCGGCUGGGAGAAGGUUCCCUCUGCUCUCAAGAACGGAUUCUCUUCGGCAGCAAAAUCAGAUUUGGCGUCCUUCCCAGCAGACUGGCCGGAAAUCGAGUAUCUCUCAGCUCCGGGAUACGUCGGCGACUUUUCAUCCUUGCCAACGACGCAGCCGAAGGAUGGAUAUCAGUACGCAACGAUCCUCGCGGCCAUCGUCGCGCCCCUUUCUCGGGGAACCGUCACACUCGCGUCUGCCUCGGCCGACGACCUCCCUAUCAUCGACCCCAAGUGGCUCACCUCACCUACCGACCAAGCCGUCGCAAUCGCCGCUUACAAGCGGGUCCGCGCCGCUUUCGCCUCUCAGGCCAUGGCCCCCGUCCUGAUCGGUGGCGAAUACUUCCCCGGUCCAGACGUCAAGACCGAUGCCCAGAUCCUGAGCGCCAUCCAAAAGACCGUGCAAACGGUCUGGCACGCCAGCUGCACCUGCAAGAUGGGCAAGAAGGGCGAUCCCGAUGCCGUGGUUGAUUCGCAGGCGAAGGUGUUUGGAGUGACUGGAUUGCGGGUCGUGGAUGCGAGUGCUUUCGCGCUGUUGCCGCCUGGACAUCCACAGAGUACCGUGUACGCGCUUGCUGAAAAGAUUGCGGCGAAUAUUCUUGCCGGGAAAUAG